UUUUUUUUUCCCCUUCUUUCUUUAUCAACCGAAUAUAAAACAUGUCUACCAAACAUCGUAGUAGGUUACCAUCGGUAGCACCUUCCCGUGCUGAUACUUCAGAAUCAGCUAGUCUUGGUAGUCGACAACGUCAGUCAAAGAAGGAUGAGGCGAUACGACGAAAACUUGAACAAGAACUUUCCAAAAAGAAACAAAGCAAUAGUCGAGGUAUACGACAUGGACGAAAAGUACCAGGAACAGUAUCAGCUUUAAGACCUACUCAAGCUUUGACAGUCAAAGAACAUUUAUUGGUUAUCGAAGCUUCUCAACUUAUGGCAGCCAAAAGAGGAGACUGUGUUUUAGUGGUGGAUGAAAAUGAUCAUCUAAGUGGUAUCUUUACAGCUAAAGAUAUUGCUUAUAGAGUAGUUGCUGCUAAUGGAAUUGAUCCUAGGACGACGACUGUGGCUGAUAUUAUGACGAAAAUGCCAAUGUGUGUCACUGCUGAUACAAGUGCAACUGAUGCUUUAAACCUGAUGGUAUCUCGUGGUUUCCGUCAUUUGCCUGUUUGUAAUGAAGAAGGAGAUAUCUUUGGAUUAUUGGAUAUCACCAAAUGUUUAUAUGAAGCUUUAGAUAAAAUGGAACGCGCUUUUGGAUCAUCUCAAAAAUUAUAUGAUGCUUUACAAGGAGUGGAACGUGAAUGGUCAAGUGGUCCUGUCCAAUUGGUACAAUAUAUGGAAGCUCUACGUGAUCGAAUGUCAUGUCCUGAUUUGAAUUCUGUUAUGGACGGCAAUCCUCCUGCCGAAGUUAAUGUCAAGACAAAUGUCCGUGAAGUGGCUCGAUUGAUGAAAGAACAUCAUACUACCGCUGUUCUUGUUACUGAUAGAGAAGGUUUAGCUGGGAUUUUCACAACAAAGGAUAUUGUUCUUCGUGUGGUUGCCGCUGGUCUAUCUCCUGACAAUUGCUCUGUUGUUCGUGUCAUGACACCUAACCCUGAUUGUGCUGAUCCUCAAACAACUAUCAUGGAAGCUUUACGUCGAAUGAAUGAUGGACAUUAUUUGAAUUUACCAGUUUUGGAAGAAGGAUCUAUUGUUGGUAUGGUAGAUGUAUUGAAAUUAACUUAUGCUACUCUCGAACAGAUUAAUAGUAUUCAAGGUAGUGAUGGUGAAGGUCCUAUGUGGUCACGAUUUUGGGAUAGUUUUGGAGAAAAUGAACAUACGGAAACGGAAUCACAAUUAUCAGAUUCUCUUUCAGCAUCACACACAGCUUCUCAACAACAUCAUCAUCGUCAAUCACCUCAUCAACCACGUGCGAAAAAUGCGAUUUCUCCAGAUGCCAACAUACAAGAAUUCCCAGAAAUCACGCCCAAUGAAUCAGCAAGUAUGGUAGCUCAUAAUGAUGACAAUCAAUCGGCCACUUCAUCCCAUCAAAAGGACCGUUCACGCUCCCAAAAUAAAAAGACAGAUGAUCGUAUUGCCUUCAAGUACAAAUUACCCAACGGGCAAAGCCACCGAUUCAUGAUCACGGAACCGACCUAUCAACAAGUCCUCGACAUGGUACGACCCAAAUUGAUUCAAGACCAUCUAGCAGCGACAGGAGAAGAGGAAGAUGAUGGUAGUAUGGACUGGUUGACGAUUUCGUAUGUGGAUGAUGAAGAUGAUCAAGUCUUGAUGACCUCGGACUCGGAUGUACGUGAUGCAUUACAACUUGCUCGGAAGGCUGGAAAGGAUAGAAUCAUGUUAUUUGUCGUCGAUCGUUCCAUCCCCAACACUAUUGAUAUGCUUCACGGUUAUGUUGUGGAACAAACGGUUAGCCCAAAGACACCUACCCCGAUUGAACCUUUAGAUGACAAAACCCAAGAAGAAACACAUUCGGAUGUGGAUGAACAAAUAAUAACUGAUUCUCCAAGGAAAUCAAGACAUCGAACACCUUCUGUGGAAAUUGCUGGAAUUCCUCAAGAAUUGUUUUUACCUGCUGCCAUCACUUUUUUGGGUGUUGCUAUUCUUGGUGUAUUUGCCUUUUCCAGAAUGAAACCUCACUAUCGUUAGUUACCCCCUCUUUUAUUGUCCAUAUCCCUCAUUUCAUUCCAUUAUUAUUAUUUUUUUAUUAUUAGAAUAUCUACACACUUAUUAUAUAUAUAUCAAAUACAAAUCUAUCAAUAAAAUAUAAUCAAUAUAUAUAUAUAUAUUC